UAUAUAACUUUUUCGUUUCUGUCACUGAUUUAAAUAAUUGAAAUUAAAAUAACUAUCACGUGACUAUUAAAAAGCAAAAUGGGUUCGUCGGACUGUUUGGAGAAAGGGAAAGAGACGACGGAGAGCGAAGAGGAUUGGAGAGUGAGUUGCAGCGACGAAGAGAAGGAAAGUUGUCGAAUAUGGGAACCGAAACCGGAAGAGAUAUUGGAUUUGUACAUGAAAUUAGAGAAGAGAGGAAUCUUGGAUCUGGAGUGGCAAUGCCCGGGUAGAAGAUCUCCCAGUGUCCAUUCCAGCGAAUCGAAAUGCGUCGACAGGAAACAAAUGGACGACGAAGAUCUCAAGCUCAAGAGGUUCGUCGUCGGUUUGUUUCUUACUUUGUUACGAUGCGUUAUACGGCAGAAGAGAGUUAAUCCGUAAAGUCGCAGUUCUGAAUCGGGGGGUUUACACUCCCCAGUUUUAAACAUCCCUACUCCAAUGGGUAUAGUCCACGGCUAUAAGGUCCUCCCGGUUGCUCCUUCCUGGCGUACCGUGUUAGGAGUCGCUCUCGAUUUCUGUCCGGUGUCUGGUGGCCGAGCGGAUGGAACCACUGGACGCCGGUACUCGGUCCUUGAUUUGUGCCAGGCUGGCCACCUAGUUUUCUUUCUGUGUGUGGCAUCUAAAUAGGGACGGCUUUUCCCGUAAAACCUUCCAAGAGACAUUCCCCUGGUGUAUUGUCCACCAGUUGCAUUGCCGCUGGCAAAAUGACAAUGCUCACGAUUGCCCCUGUGACGGGUGUUAGUGCAGCCACGUCUUUGCCUUAUUUCCUGGCCGGGGUUUUUUAAUGCGCCAUGUGUCUAUACAAAUUACGAUUUGUGAAAUACUGUACUAACGUGCUGAUUAUUGGAAAAUUCUGGUGAAGGAUGCCGGAUUAAUGAACCGUCGUGUCUAAAAUGCCCUGCAUUUUGCUAUGUCACGUUAAGUAGAAACUCGUGGACUGAUCGAUCCGUCGUUAAAAUAUUUAUAAAAGUAUUCGUUUUGAAUGCACAAUUUUUUCAUGUAUUUCACUUUUGUAUUUUUACAAUAAAUGAAAAAUGUUUUAAUAAUUAAAGAAGGAAAAAUAAACCAAUAACAAGUGAAUCAGUGCAUUUGCAUUUAUGUUUAAGACUUUAUCAUAAAUAAAUCUUUUGCUAUUGUUGAACAAUUGUUUAGAAAAAUGAAAUACGGCUUUCGUUUCACAGAAUUAAGAGCUUGUGUACAUUCUGAUAUUAAUUUAAUUUAAAUUAUAAUCGAAUUAAUUUUAAU